AUGAAAGCUUCAACGAAUGAAAUGAUCAAUUUCAUACCCUUUGAACAACAUGCGCGUCGAACAGUUAAAUUUGAUGAUGAUAAAAGUCCUUCUAAACAGACUUCAAAUCGGCCGAUUUCCACAUUCAAUGUAAACUUUCGAUCACCGAAUCGCAAUUCUAUACCAAAUGAUUCACAAGAAGCAGAAUCUUCUAAUAAUCAACAUAUAUUAGAUGCUGGUAUUCAUCUCAAUCAAACAAAUCUUACAGCACAAGAUAUUAAAGCUCUCAUUGCUGAAGAUGAAUAUGUUCCAGGCGGUUUUGCUAAUCUCGAACGUGAAUUGGAAGAAGAACUUCUAAAUGAUUUUGUCGAUGAAUUCGAUGAAGAAAAAACACGAAGAAAUCGUCAUAUUUCUUCCACUCGUACCAGUGAUCAUAUUAUUAGUAGUAGUCGAUCACCCAUCGAACUAUGGCAACGUGCACGUAUUCUUAUUGCUGUUCAUCUCUACAAAACUCAAGAUAAAACAUUUAGUUCUCAUGAUAAUACAUUUUCUACACCAACAGUCAUAGAUCCAUCGAAAAGAAAAAGCAUUUAUGACAACAGACGUUCAACUGGAAUCGAUGAAUUUGAUAAUUUAGAAAAAAUAUUCCUACAAAAAGAAAGUAAAGACGACCGCCGGAUUGUAUUUGGCCUUUCAAUUAUAGAACAAUUUUCACUUGAUUCUUCUCAACAGUAUCAAUGCGUAGAUUUUUAUGAUGUUGAAGAAGGUUAUAUUAUGAUCAGUAAUGUUGUAGAUUCUAACCGGCCCCGAUCGAAAAUAAAAGAUUAUUCAAAUAUCGGAAAACACAAAUUAUAUAAUAAAUCUAAUGAUAACAGAUGCAAAGAAUCGAAGCCUGUUGCAACGCAUAAAACAGAUCCAUCUAUAACAAAAGCUAGUAAACUUCUUUUAUAUGCGAUCAACAAAACGUCCUCGCAUAGAAUUCAAUCAAUGGAACUUGAUUGUCCUUUUGAAUUUGACUUCAUGAUUUGUAUUCCUAUUUUUCGUUUAAUUCUCGGUGUUAUUAAUAUUAAACAACAAAAAUCACUAAUGAUAAUCAUCGGCGAUGCAUCCCGCAAAGGUGUUUUUCUAUCAAAACAAGAUAUAUCUGACUAUGUUUAUAGCAUUCUUUAUAUACACGAAUCAAGAAUGCUGUUUAUCGGUUGUAUGGGUCGUGUUCUAUUAUACAAUACUCAACCGCUACAGUUUACUUCUCAACCGUUAUUUAUUUCCGAACUGGCUAAUCUACCAUUUACUCCAAUGGAAGCAAUAAUACAUAUAUGUCAUGUGAUAAAACAUCGAGCUGUUGGUCUUCUAUCGAAUCGAAUUUUUGUAUUAUGGCAAUAUACACCAAAUGAAAAUGCAUUACGAACAUUUUGUAAUCCUUAUCGUUAUGAUUUUAGCCGUUGUCAUUACAAUUCGAAAUUUGAUUAUAUUAUAUUUGCGUUUAUUGAUGGUUUUAUUUUAAUUUAUCAAAUAAAUCAAAUGAAACAAAUCCGUCGUUGUCAACAUCAUUGGCAAAUGAUUACUGAUUUAGUUAAUAGUCAAGAUCAAAAUUUACUUUUGUCAUCAUCAAUCGAUCAUAUGAUUAAUGUUUGGAAUUUAGAAACUCUUCAACAUCUCUACCAAUAUAAAGCCGAUGAAGAAAUAUUUCGAAUUGAUGUUAUUCAUGAAAGUUUAUUUUAUUAUCGUACUUUAAAAAGUAUCAUUCUUUUUAACUUAAAUUUGCAUACAAUUCUAUUUUCAAUUACAAACACAAAAGUCAAAUCAUUAAAAUUAUUUACAGAUAUGCAACAUAUUGCACGUAUCAUAGCAAUAGUUGAAGAUAAUUCAAGUAUACUCAUAUCACCAGUUAGUGGAUGUUGUCUCAAUUAUGUAUCGAAUAUAGCUAAAAAACCGAUUAAGCAAAUAUUGCACGAUAUCAGCAGAUCAAGCAUUUAUUCACUUCAAUCCGAUGGUGAGAUAGUUCUCUAUCAUGCAGAUAAUAAUCCAUGUGUUGCUGAGUACAGAAUUCGAACAAAAUCUGAACAAUAUGCUAUUACUUGUAUGACAUUAAUUCAUCCAAUAUGUACACAACUUUUUAAUUUAACGACUAUGAAAACAACAAUAGAAAAAUCUCUGGAGAAACAAAUCGUCUUUUUGGGUCAUGCAAAUGGUUACAUAUCUCUUUUUCAAGGUGAUUCAUUCACAAUGGAACCAAUUCUAGCACAUAAAAGUUCUAUACUAUGUCUUGAGACAUCACGAACUAGUAUGCAAACAUCGAAGAUAUUAUUUACAAACUGUGAAGUUCUUCUUUCAUCAAGUAUCGAUCGAAUUAUUCAUUUGUGGAAUUUAGCUAUUAAUAAAUUUGAUGAUUCCAUUCAAUUAAUUCAUAUUGUGGCAGUCGAACAAGAAAAAAAUAUCUCAUUUGAAUCUAUUAAAUUUCUAUCUAUGAUUGAUAAUUUUAUUGUUGCUAAUUAUUCGGAUCAAAAUUAUUUACAUAUUUGGCAAUUAUUAAAUAUUUCUAUUCGAACUAAUGCUCAUGAUCAAUGGGGUAUUGUGGAACAUCCAACAAAAGGUAAUCAUCAUCAUGGUCAAAUACAGGCAAUAUCUGCAUCAUUAAAAUUAAAAUUAUUCGCGUCAUCGGAUACGGAAGGUACAAUAAAAAUAUGGGAUAAUACAAAUAGUUUAGUGCGCGAAAUAUAUCUUGAUAAAUCACUUGGUGCAAUUGAAUUUCUUUCACAAAAUGAUGAAUUGCUCGUUGCUUAUCAAGAUAAUAUUCAUUUAAUAUUACCAGAAAAUUAUUUAUCUAAUUAUCAAAAAUUGAAAAUUAAACAACAGACAUUUGCUACUAUAAUUGCAGAAAAUGAUCUUUUAGAAGUUACACAACCAUUGAUUAUACCAUAUCAAUCACUGCCGAUAUUUAAUUAUCGUAUUAAAACACAUCACACUAAACAACGAUUACAAAUAUUUGAACGACAAUUAGCAGGCCGUUUCACUGUCGUGGAAAGUGAUAGUGCUCAAUCAGAUGAUGAAAAUCUUCUAUCGUUAAAUAUGGAUCGUUUAUCCAUAGUUAGUGAUGAUGCCGAUUGGUUUGGAUUAGCUGAAGAUGUGAAAGAUAUAUUGCGAAUGAAGAAAAAAGAAAUUCGACAUCAAAACAAACAAUUAAAGACAAUAGAAACAGAAAUAAAUGAACAAUAA